AGGACUCACAGGAUUAUCAUUGGGAGAUUUUGGAUAAAACACCAAAUCAAAAGGAAUGGAUCCGACCCUGUAUAAUGCUGCGAUGAGAGGCAAUAUCGGUGAUGCCAAUUUUCUACUUGCUGAUCAUCUGAAAAUGGAUGAGGAAAGCGGCUACCAAGUCACUCCAAAGGGCAACACGGUCCUCCAUGUCGCAGCCCUCUAUGGCAACUCCCAUUUCGCGAGAGAAGUCCUUAAGAUUACUCCGGCAUUGUUAUGCUGUCAAAACAAGAAAAAUGAAACCGCUCUGCACAUAGCAUCUAAUGAAGGGCACACUGAAGUAGUACGUGCGCUACUUGAAUGUGUCGAAGAUCAUAAUACUAAGGAGAAACUCACAAGGAUGAUGGAUGCUAGUGGAGAUACAGCGUUGCACAAGGCCGUGAGGAGCCAACAUCUAGAUGUGGUUAAGCUCUUGGUGAAAGAAGAUCCUGAAUUUGAAUUUCCGCCUAACCAUGCACAGGAGACACCACUGUAUCUGGCAGCUGAAUCUGGUUUUCAUGAUGCUUUGAUAAAUAUCUUGGAAUUCUGCAAGAAACCAACUUAUGCUGCAGGUCCAUCUAAUAGAACGCCGCUGCAUGCAGCAAUAAUUCAUGAACACAAAGAUUGCUUUAGAUCACUAUGGCGUUGGAAUAAGCCUUUAUGCGAGGAACUUGACUUAUGGGGUUGGAAUUCACUGCACUAUGCUGUUAAAUUAGGAUUGAAAGACGUAGUUUCUGAUAUGCUUAGGUGGAAAAAAUCCUUAGUGUACCUUCCGGCAGGCGGUGAAAAUGAUUGGACGACAGCAAUUCACAUUGCAGCCAGUGAAGGUGAUGUAAACAUGAUCAAUGAGCUAUUAAAUCACUGCCCUGAUUGUUGGGAUACGCUUAACAGAGACAAUCAAAAUGCUCUUCAUGUUUCCGUAUUGAACUAUGAAGAUGAGGUAGUCCGCUUCUUAUUAGACUCUGAUAAGUGCGACAGCCUUGUUGAUGAGCCAGACAGUGACGGUAACACUCCUCUCCAUUUGCUUGCUGCCUCUGGUAUCCAUAUUCCUGAAUUAAUAUACCAUCCUAGAGCAAAGAAGAUGUCAUUUAACAAACAAAACCAGACCCCACUUGAUAUAGCAUUGUCAUGCGAAGCGACAACAGAGAAGGAGAUAUUGGUGGAGGAUUUGUGUAGCAUUGGCCAAUUUGGAAAACGUGAAUUUGAGGUAAAUCGGAAGUACGAGUACAUUCCCAAUCCAAAUGAUGAAACGAGAACAGGAGUCAAAAUGCAACUGAGGGAAGAUGAUCACGAUAAAGCUAAUAAGAUAGAUCAAACAGAAGUUGAAAGUAUCAUGAAGUCAACUCAACUCCAUAUUGUUGUGGCCACUUUGAUAAUGACAGUCACUUUCGCCGCUGGUAUCACAUUGCCAGGAGGUUUUGAGAGCGACCCAGAUAGCCCUAAUAAAGGGAUGGCGAUUCUAAUAAGGAAAACAACAUUUCGUGCAUUUGUUAUUUCCGAUGCCAUUGCCUUCACAUUCUCAGCUUUUGCCAUAUUCAUCUACUUCAUCAUGGCAAAUGCAAGUACAUUACCUCGACAUGAAAAACUUAUCCAGAAGCUUUAUGGUCGUGCAAGUAAUUUUCUGUGCUUGUCAAUGUUGGCUGUUGUAAUUGCAUUCGCAACUGGUAUGUUUGCUACUUUAUCACAUUCACUUGGUCUUGCCGUUACUGUCUGUUCCAUAGAUUGCCUCCCUAUUUUAUUGUACUUCUUGGUUGCUAUUUAUAUUGGUAGAUAUUUAAAUAUCUAUUAUAGUAAGAUGAAGAAUAUAAGCCAGUAGAGAGACAUGAAUGCUAGCUACUACUUGUACAUUUUUCAGUUUUUACCCAAUACCUUGAAUUACAUAUGACAGAUUUUUUUUUUUAGUCCAUUACAUGUUAUUUUAGUUAUACAUCCUUUAUCACAUGAUAUAACAAUCUAUGUAAGAUCAUUUUCUUCUAUUCAAAUUAUAAGUGGUCCCAGGAGAUCAUUUUUUCCGUCAACGACAAUGCUACAGAACCAACGUAUCUUCACUAAAUAAUUCAUGGUACAACAACAACAAUAUAUCCAGUGAUAUUCCACAAGUGGAGUUUGGGGAGGAUAGAGUAUAUGCAGAUCUUACCCCUACAUUGGGAGGCAAAGAGGUUUCCAAAUUUUGAUGGACCUUCAGCGCAAGGAAAAACAAUUCAAAAAAAAAAAUGUUAGAAGUGGAGAAGCCAUUACAAAAUUCUAUAGAGUGUAUGACAAAAAAAUAGCGCAGCCCAGUGCACUAAAGUUUCCCCUUGCAGUUCUGUCGGAGGUUGUUUCCAACGCUUGAACCCAUGACCUCCUGGUCACAUGGCAACAACUUUACCAAUUACUCCAUGGUUACAGAGAGCAUGACAAAGCAGUCUUAAAAAAAAGAAUAGUAACUACAACAAAAUACUAUGAUAAUUGAAGUAUAAAAGAGUAAUAGAUAAUUAUAGAAAUUGAAGAGAAGCUACAAGAGUAGUACUACGACUAACUUGUAUGGAAGGAAAAGCGAGAGAACUCUACCGGACUCGUGUCCUCCAUAACUUCCUGUCUUAGGUCAUGCCCCCAGUUAGCUGAAACUACAUCAAGUCUUGUCUAAUCAACUCUUCCCAAUACUUCUUCGAUCUACUCUCUCUCUCUUGAAACCAUUCAUAGCCAAUCUCUCGCACCUCCACAGUGGGGCAUCGGCUCCUCUCCUCUUUACAUGCCUGGACCAUCUCGGUCUCGCUUGCCGCAUCUUGUUCUUCAUCAAGGCCACUCAUACUCGAAUAUCUUCAUUUCUAAUCCUAUCUCUUAGUCCCACAUAUCCAUCUUAGCUUACUCAUAUCCGUGACUUUUAUCUUCUGAACAUGAGUUCUUGUCUGGACAACAUGAAUUAUAAUCCAUGCAUCUAAAGACCUAUUACUAAACAUGCAUUACGUGUAGGCGAGGUUAAUUCCUCUUGCAGCACCUUUAACAACUACUAACACCAUAUUAUAAUGAGUAGCCUUACUAACUUGGCUUAAACAUAUUCCCAACUAAAUGGUAUCUCCUAUAUGAUCAUCUUUUUCUUCCGUUAUGUCCUAUUUUUCGCUAAGUUUCCAUAAACUUCGAGAGUUUAUAGGUCUUUUGAGACAAUUUCGCUUAUGCGAUAAGAAAUGUGCCUUGAAAGAUGCAAUGAAAUUUCCAGGAUACAUGCUAUCCGAAGUUCCAGACAUAGAUAAAGACCGUCAUCUGUAGGACUUAAACUUGAAAGAUUCAAGCUUCGAAAUUCUUAAAGCUGCACUUAUUGUACUUUAGAAAUUAUGGAUUCAAGAUAUUAUAUUCGUUGACAGUUAG